AUGUUGACAACCUCUACACCCAUUAGCAGCAGCGGCACGAACAAAACAAAAGAGGUUAGUAAUUCAAAUCCUCACAUUAAUCCCGUUGUUGUUCGGACCGCUAACGAUGCAUGCUUCACACCAAUAAAAGUACCGGAUAACACAGAAACUUUUAUGGCUAUAGAUCAGUCAUGCGAGAAAACGUCACACCAUGAUUUGGUGCCAUUGCCAAAAUCCAUCAAUCACUCACAAGAGGAAUUAACCCUACAAAGGUAGUUUUCCCUGUUAGGAACAAUAGUGAACAGUCGAAAAUAGGCGAGCUUUCCCAUACGGGAAGCCGUACAAAUCCUAUUCAAAAAGAACAAAGCUGUCAUUAUAAUGUUCCUGGUAGGCAAUCUUGCUCUAGUUAUUUACAUGAUCGUGGUCAACAAUUUCGAAGCAUUCCAGUACGUAUCACUCACCGCCCACUGCCAGUGAACCCAGAGAAAGUAAAUAAACAUAGACGUGCGUACCGGAGUCAGGUUUGAUUAUUGGGGAUUUGAUUAUUGGGGAUCUAUGCCCAACAGGUUAUAGUUUUCUGCAUACACCGAGACAUGGAUCAAUCGGUGGGGGCGUUGGUCUCUUAUUCAAGGAAAGUCUUAAUAUUAAGCGUAAUGUACAGGAGGUAUUUAGGUCAUUUGAAUACCUUGACAGUUCUUUUUUGAACUUUCUACAUAUUAGAAUUAUUGUUGUAUAUCGGCCGCCUCCUUCAUCGGCUAACUCAUUGACAUCUACUCUAUUCUUUGAAGAGUUCUCAUCCUUUUUGGAAGGAAUUAUUGUAUCACCCGGGCAACUCUUGAUAGCUGGAGAUUUCAAUUUUCAUCUGGACAAUCCUAAUGACCCUCUUACCAAACGGUUCGUCGAUCUUCUCGCUUCCUUUGAUUUGAAGCAGUACAUUUCUGGAUCAACACAUGCAAGCGGUCACACACUGGAUUUAAUUAUAACGCGAUCUGAAGAAAACAUUGUUAACCAUUACAACAUCUUCGAUCCUCUGAUUUCUGAUCAUUCAGUUGUGCAUUUACAACUAUUGAUUAGGAAACCGAAGUUUGUGAAGAAACAUUUGCUUCUUCGUAAUUUGCGGGCGGUUAAUAUUCAUAAAUUCAAAACGGAUGUACUAAAUUCUUUUCUUCUUAAGAAUUUUACGACUAUGGAUUUGGUAUCAUUGGUGAAUGAGUAUGAUUGUCUUCAUACUAUCUUAGAUAACCAUGCACCGAUUAAAUCCCGGGAAAUUACAUUGCGCCCUAAGGCACCCUGGUAUACUAACGAAAUCAAUGAUAAGAAACGAAUUUGGAGACAACUUGAGAGAAAAUGGCAUAAAACAAGGACGAAUGCUGAUUGGAAUCGCUAUAAACAACAAUGUUAUGCUGUAAAUAAACUUAUCGACUCCUCAAAAUCGGCUUACUCUACCGACUUAAUUAAUAAUGGAUCAUCUGAUCAAAAAACCCUUUUCAAGACUGUAAGCAAUUUGCUGCAUACAAAUACGAUUAUUCGCUAUCCAUCUUCUCCUGACCCAAUGUCACUUGCCAACUCAUUUAGUGAUUUCUUCACUCAGAAAAUUGUUAAAAUACGAGGUGAUAUCGAAAAUGAACUCUUGAGUAAAAACAUAGAAAAUCCUAUACCUGAUGCUGAUUCAUGUCCUUAUGAAUUUCACACCUUCAGGGAGGUUGGAAAAGACGAAGUGCUCCAUUUAAUCCAACGUAUCGCAACUAAAUCCUGUUCUCUGGAUCCACUCCCGGUGGUCAUGCUAAAUCACUGUUUUAAAGACAUCUUACCCGUUGUAGCUAGAAUAAUCAACCUCUCCUUGGAAAGUGGUACAAUGCCUGACUCUUUGAAGAUUGCUGUUGUUCAACCGCUUUUAAAAAAGUACAAUCUUUCCUAUGAAGAAUUCUGCAGUUUUCGUCCAAUAUCAAAUCUGAAAUUUGUCUCGAAAUUUAUUGAGAAAGCAGUUGCUGUACAAUUAACUGAUUAUCUUACUGAAAAUCAUCUACAUGAGAAAUUCCAGUCUGCUUAUAAACCUUGUCAUAGUACUGAAACAGCGCUAUUGAGGGUUCAAAAUGAUAUCCUUCAAGCUCUAGAUAACGGUGAUUCUGUUAUUCUUGUCCUAUUGGAUCUGUCGGCGGCUUUUGACACCGUGGAUCAUUUAAGGGGACUCUCUACCCUAAUUUUUGACCAUACGGGUCAAAAUUGA